UAUGUGGUCUUUUCCUCGGUGACGCAGCACGACCUGAUGGCGAUCGACCGUCUUCGAAACACCUACCACAAAGGACUCCGGUGUAUGUACUUCAAUGAGGACCAGGUAUUGGUUGUUAAAAUCAUGCCGGGUAUACUUCAUGAAGUAUCCCACCGGAUGUUUGCGAGAAUGUUGAUCCGCAAAGCGAUUGCCAUGGGGAUAGAGGAUGUCGAGCUUUUUGACAUAGGUGGCGGCAGGCUAGAAGGAGUAGCAAGCCGAAAAGAAGCAGAUUCAGCAUUCAAACCUGUCACACUUCGCCCUCACGAUACUCAUUGGCCCACCCUUGUCUUCGAGUGCGGAGUUUCAGAAUCCGUUAAACGAUUGAGGGUCGAUGGUCACUGGUGGCUGGAAAAUUCUGCGGGAGAGGUAGGAAUUGUUCUCCUCAUUUCUGUCAACAAACAGGCCCGAAGAAUCACUCUAGAGCAAUGGGAAAUG